GAGUUACCUAGCACCUUGCACUUCGUCAUUCACUGCUGAUUAUUACCGUCGGUCGACAUUUACCUGAAAGGCCAGCUCUCGCACUUUGCCAGCCACUUCUUGCUACGCACUUCGUUUGCUUGCUUCACCAGCAUACCCGCACCUGCCUCUUAUAGAAGGCCCGCCUGUCGACAUGUUCCACUCCAACUAUUACGACGAAGACGACCCGAUGGCUAUGUACCAGCAAGCCAUGCUGCGCCGCGGCGGCGCUCCCCGGCGCUUCGACGAGUACUUCCGCUGCUAUCCCAUCGCCAUGCUCCCGGGACCGGAUCGCGAAGAGGCAAACCAUGGCGGCAAGGUGUUCCUCCCGCCCAGCGCGCUGGACAAGCUCACUAGGCUGCACAUCACAUAUCCUAUGCUCUUUGAGCUCAUAAAUGGCGCAAAAGACGGAAAGAAGACACAUGCCGGUGUGCUGGAGUUCAUUGCAGAGGAGGGAAAGAUCUAUCUGCCAUACUGGCUUAUGCAGACUCUGCUACUUGAGCCAGGGGACCUCCUGCAAGUCAAGUCCACCGACGUCCCCCUCGGAACCUUCAUCAAACUGCAGCCUCAGGACUCUUCUUUCCUCGAGAUAUCAGAUCCCAAGGCAGUAUUAGAGAACGCCUUCCGGAACUUCGCUUGCCUUACCAAGGGGGAUGUCUUCACAUUCUCCUAUAACGACAACGUGUAUAGCAUCGCCGUGCUCGAAACGAAACCGGCACAUUCCAGCAACGCAAUAUGCACGUUAGAGACAGAUCUGUCUGUCGACUUUGCGCCGCCGGUUGGCUACGAGGAGCCAAAGCGCACGAGUGGCACCAGUACACCACGGAGCGGCAAGGGAGUCAUGGCUGGCAAAGGAGGAACGCUCCAUUCGCAGGGCACAAUGGCGCAAGCGAUCAACUACGCGGCUAUCGCACCAUCAGCAACCACAGCCGCUGCUGGCGCGAAAGCAACGUCGUCGAACUUCCUGUCAACGGGCCACAAGCUGAGCUCGAAGAGGGGAAGCAAGGCACCCACGCCGCAGGCUUCAACACCAGUCGCCGGGCAAUCGACGAAUGCCCCGCCGCCAACAAUACGGAGGACCAAUGGCCCGCAACCGCUUAGGUUACCACCCGGGAAGCUUUUCUUUGGGUAUGAGGUCAAGCCGCUAAAGAGCAAGGAAGGUGCCACGGAGGAGGAAUCAAACAACUUCGAGGGCCAAGGUCAGACCCUCCGCAAAAAGAAGGGCGACAAAUGAGGCGGCUAUUCAUAACACGUUUGGCGGUUCAACAACUAUCGGGUAUUGCGGGUCCAGGGCGUGAUCACGCAUCUGCAAGGCAUCUGAUGGCGCUGACUCAAGACGUGGGUGGAUCGGCGCGCGGAGUUCAUACAUAAGACUAUAGGAAAUAGGAAUGGAAAUGGCUGCCCGAUCACGAGC